CAGCCAAACUGAAUUGGGAGCGCUUUCACGCGUCGCGUAUUUUCAUUAGAUGGGGCAUUCACAUUCGUCCCCCUUUCCACGACUAAGGUAAUCCGUACUUUGCCCCUCCUCCUCCGCCACCACCACCACCACAUCACCACCUCUGACCCCGACAGCGAACGUCUCCUUCCUGCACCUGGUCGUCACAUACAUCUUCGAGGCCGCUCAAACGUCGUAAACGCGCCACCCGCUCGCGUUUUUCAAAAUGGACCGUCAAUCCGUCUUCUCAAGUCGCCUCUACCCGCCCUCCUACGGCGAAAGCGAAGACACAAAUCUGCAAGUGCGGACCCAGCUCGAGUCCUUUAUUCUCGACUUUAGACUCGACAACAUAUACAUAUACAGAGACCAGCUCCGCGAGAAUGCGCUGCUCAAGAAGUACUACUGCGACGUCAACAUUGGCGAUCUUAUCAAGUUCAACGAGGAAAUAGCCCACAGACUAGUCAACGAACCUGCCGACAUCAUUCCUCAGUUUGAGGCGGCCUUGAAGCGGUGCACACAUAGGAUCGUCUUCCCGCACGAGCCCAAAGUUAGCCUCCCCGAACAUCAGCUGCUUCUUCACUCCAACGCCGAGGAUGUUUCGAUCCGCGACCUUGACUCGCUCGCCAUCUCGAGGCUCGUCAGGGUCCCCGGCAUCGUCAUCGGCGCCUCUGUUAUGUCGUCCAAGGCGACACAGCUGCACAUCCAAUGCCGCAAUUGCGGACACACCCAGGAGCUCGGCGUCACAGGCGGCUUCAGCGGCGUGUCUCUGCCGCGGAUAUGCGGCCGAACCAGGACGGCCAACGACCCCGCAGAAAAGUGUCCCAUGGACCCCUACUUUGUCACCCACGAGAAGUCAAAGUUUGUCGACCAGCAAAUCAUCAAGUUGCAGGAGGCCCCCGACCAGGUCCCCGUCGGCGAGCUGCCGCGCCAUGUUCUGAUCUCGGCCGACCGUUAUCUCACCAACCGUGUCGUCCCCGGCUCGCGGUGUACCCUGAUGGGCAUCUUCUCCAUCUACCAGAGCAAGGGUGCCAAGGGCUCGACAAGUGGUGCCGUAGCAAUCCGGACUCCCUAUCUGCGCGCCGUCGGCAUCCAAACCGAUCUCGAUUCGACAGCCAAGGGCCAGUCCGUCUUUUCCGAGGAGGAAGAGCAAGAGUUUCUCGAGCUCAGCCGACGCAAAGACAUUUACAACGUAAUGACGGACUGCAUCGCUCCCUCCAUCUACGGCAACCGGGAUAUCAAAAAGGCCAUCUUGUGUUUGUUGAUGGGCGGCUCCAAAAAGAUUCUGCCCGACGGCAUGAAGCUCCGUGGCGACAUCAAUGUCCUGCUGCUCGGAGACCCCGGUACCGCCAAGUCGCAGCUGCUCAAGUUCGUAGAAAAGGUAGCGCCCAUCGCCAUCUACACGUCCGGCAAGGGCUCUUCGGCCGCCGGUCUGACGGCCUCGGUGCAGCGGGACCACUCGACUCGCGAGUUUUAUCUCGAGGGCGGUGCCAUGGUGCUCGCCGACGGCGGUGUCGUAUGUAUUGAUGAGUUCGACAAGAUGCGCGACGAGGAUCGAGUAGCCAUUCACGAAGCCAUGGAGCAGCAGACCAUCUCCAUCGCCAAAGCAGGCAUUACUACCAUCCUCAACGCGCGUACUUCGGUCCUCGCCGCUGCCAACCCCAUCUUUGGCCGCUACGACGACCUGAAGACGCCAGGUGAAAAUAUCGACUUUCAAACCACAAUCUUGUCGCGUUUCGACAUGAUCUUCAUUGUCAAGGAUGAGCACGAGCGUGGCAAGGAUGAACGCAUUGCUAAGCACGUCAUGGGAAUCCACAUGGGUGGCCGUGGCGUCGACGAGCGGACCGAGUCUGAGAUUCCUGUCGAGAAGAUGCGGCGCUACAUCAGCUAUUGCAAGUCACGCUGCGCGCCCCGCCUCAGCGAAGCCGCGGCCGAGAAGCUCUCGUCGCACUUUGUCGCCAUUCGGAAGCAAGUGCACGCGUCGGAGCUCGAGGCCAACACGCGGUCGUCGAUUCCCAUCACAGUGCGCCAGCUCGAGGCCAUUGUGCGCAUAACCGAGUCGCUCGCCAAGCUGACGCUCUCGUCGGUCGCCACCGAGGAGCACGUCGACGAGGCCAUCCGCCUGUUCCUGUGCUCCACCAUGGACGCCGUCAACCAGGGCGGCAACAUGGGCAGCCGCGAGCUGACCGACGAGGUCGCCCGCGUUGAGACGGAGCUCAGGCGCCGCCUCCCCAUCGGCUGGAGCACCUCGCUCGCCACCCUCCGCCGCGAGAUGGUCGAGGGCAAGGGCUUCAGCGAGCCCGCCCUCAACCGCGCCCUCAUGAUCCUCCAGCGGAGAGACACCAUCAUGUUCAGGAACCAAGGCGCCCAGGUGUAUAGGAACGGCGCCUAAGUUGGGCUUGAAAGCGGCUUUACGUAUGUCUGAUGUGCUCUCUUUCUUUUUUUGCAUGUGUGUAUGUAAAGGAAGCAAUGUCGGGCGAAAGGUAUGCUAUGAACAGGGAACAUGCAAUCAUUGAUCAUUUUACUUUGGGGGGAAAGGGAAGGGAUUCGUUUUGGCUUUGGGCGGGCGCCGGGCUUUUUUCGGGGGUUUGAUAAUUACCUUUAGGUUAAUUUGUUUUGUUUACAAUCAAUGCCGAUAACAAAUCUAUCUCUCAC